AUAUUUUAACACCUAUCUGAUUUUUAUUUGUUUCGUGUUUUUACGUUGUGUAGGUACCAAAUUGAGUCUGUUAAUAUGAUACUAUAGAAAAACUGGUAAUGUUAUGAUUAUUAUUUAUUUUUUCAUUUUAGUAUUGACUGUUAAUUUAAGUAUCGUACUUUGGAUAUCUCUUAUUCCCAGGUGUUUUUUAUUUUCAGAGUGGUCACUAGAGUAUCUGUCUUUGCCACUGGAGGCCAGUGACCCCUCGGUUCUUCAGUGUGUCCUGUACAGGGAUACUUUUCAUUGUUUUUGUCAACAGGAAGUUUAAAAAGAGUUUAACAGAGAAAGAGAAUCAAUGGAUUGUGUAUAUGUGUCUUCUUUUAAAAAUGCUUAAGGCUCUUGCUUUGAAAUUGCUUGCUGCAUGUCAUUAUUUACUUGUUUUGAAUGGAGAAGUUGAGAAGAAAGGCUGAAUGGCUUGGAUACCUGCUCAACAACGCCUCAAGUUACCUGUUAGACCCACAUUCCAGUGUGAUAGCUUCCCACUCUAACGACAUUCUACUUGCAUUUUAACACAACACAUCCAAGUUACUCUCAUCCAAGCGUACUGUCUUUCUCUGGAAGGAAGUCCUUUAACUUCAGGAAAUCAGAUGCACAUUUUUUUCUCUUGAUCACAAUCCACAAAGUCCUCUCUUUUUAAAAAAAAUCCUGCAUAGUUUUGCUGAAGAAUCUCUCAGAAGCGCAGCAAUAAAAGUGUCAAGUGUCUCAAGUUAUUGAAAUUCUUUCUUCCCCCGCUCAUGUCUAGAGCAAGUCGGUGGCAUCUGACUCACUGUAUUUUUAUCUCUGCUUCUCAUCUGGAAGAGUCUCUGUUAUUUCAGGUAUUUUAUUUUACCAUAUGACGAAUUGCACCCUGAUAAAGUGAUAACUGCAUAGUGAUAUUGACCACGACAAAUGAGGUGGCGAGAUUUAUAUCAAACGCUUUACUUUUUGAACGUCGCAAGUAUCUGUUAAAAGGGAUAGUUCACAUAAAAAUUUUAAUUCUACCAUAAUUUACUCACCCUCUUUAUAUUACAAACCUGUAUAACUUUUUCUUAUGUGGAACACAAGAGGAGCUGUUAAGCAGAAUGUUUGCCCCAUUCACUUUCAUUGCAUUUUUAUCCCAUACAAUCUAAAUGAAUGGUGACUGAGACUAACAUUUUGCCUACCUUUUGUGUUCCAUGAAAAAAAUAGAGUAAUACGGGAACAACAAGAGGACGAGUAAAUGAUUUACUUCUUCUCUUUUCAAAUAAAAUUUUUUGGUAUUUCUAUCCCUUUUUAAUACUGGUAUGAUCCUAUGAUCUGGUAGUAAUCUAAAAACAAUUCUCUCACUCUAAUCGUCAGAUUUUUUUCAAAAUCUGUUUUGAAACUUCCUUCACUUUCAUCUGUGUCUAUCAACAGUCAGGUCUUAACUUUCAGAAAUAUCUAUUGUCUUUCGAGUGGUUUUCUUUGAGGAAGAUUCUUUCUGGCUGAAUGUAGCCAUUCCCAUAUUUGCACUGUGAUGGGGGCAGAAGUGGAAGCUUUGUGUUUUGGAACUGCAGGAUGUCCUGAGGAAGAAGUCAGCGUUCCAUUACAGUGGCCACUGAGCAGCCUGCCUGUAUUCAGAAGCAGAGAGGCAUGCACCUCUCACUCUCGUCUCGUGCACCUCUCUCCUCCUCUGCCUCCAUUUAUAGCUGUGAGUAUGGGGGUAGCUGAGAGUGGGGAUUCCCACCUCUGUCCACAGUCUGUACGUUUUACGUGACAUCCAACCAAAUGCGUCCAGAACUGGAAACUACAGCUGAAGAUUUUGUUUUUUUAUGCCCUUGUAACUUUUUCUUGUAUGUGGGGGAAAAAGUGGAAGUCAAGCUCCCUUGAAUCUUUCGGAACUAGGCUGUGGCAUUACUUCCAAAAACAUGGGGCAAAUUUGAUAUUCGGUUGAUCUGUAAUCUAUGCUUUACCAUGGAUGUGAUUGGUCCUACAAUGAGGUACAAGUUAAAGGAGUUGGCGUGAACUUCAAGGACAUAAAUAAAGAAAACAAAGGCACAAUUUGUGGCGAGAUAUACACAUCGAUCGACACUUUGGCAUUCACAUUUGGCAAUGUAGUGUCUGACUUCCUUAUGGGAGAUGUGGACAGUGGCUCCAGGUUGGGGUACCCCCAAGCCAGAAGUCGUUCUUUUGAAAACCUCUCUGAAGAUUCAGAGGGAUGCAAUCAAGAGAGAAAUGAUCUGGAAGAUCCACCUCUGUCCACUCCAGAGUUGUCCCCUGUGGAGCAGGUGGAUCUGCUUCUGCUAAGGAAUGACAGUGGAGUAGAGUCUGCUUUGCUCUACGCCAAGGCCUGGUCCAAAUACACCAAAGACGUGCUUACCUGGAUGGAGAAACGCCUCAGUCUGGACAUGGAAUGUUCCAAAAGCUUUGUCAAGAUGGCAGAAUCUGCAAAGGCAGUGGCAAGUCAACAGGACUACAUGCCCUUCCGGGAUAUUUAUGUCUCUGCGUUUAAGAAUGAGAUUGAGUACAAUCAGGUUUUGCUCCAAACAGCUGCAGCUCUACAAACCAACAAAUUCGUACAGCCGCUGCUUGUCCGUAAGAAUGAUUUGGACAAGCAAAGGAAAGAGAUAAAAGAACAAUGGCAAAGAGAGCUGAAGAAAAUGAGCGAGGCGGAGAGUGCGGUGAAGAAGGCUCGGUUGCUGAAGAUGCAGAAGAGGGAGGAGUAUGAGAAGGCACGCAGUUCCACCAGCCGCACUGAGGAGGAGCAGCCGGCAACGGGAGGCAGGACUCUUGAGAAGAAACGAAGGGUGGAGGAAGAGGCCCUACAGAGGGCAGAGGAAGCACAGGAGCAGUAUAAAGCCUGUGUGGCUGAUCUAGAGGCAAAGAAGGUUGGCCUGUCUAACGUCAAGAGUGAGAUCCUCGCUCAGAUCCGGAAGCUGGUCUUCCAAUGUGACCUGACCCUCAAAGCGGUGACAGUGAACUGGUUCCAGAUGCAACAGGCUCAGUCUGGACCUCUACCAGUCAACUACCAAUCUCUGUGUGAACAGGCCAAAAAGUAUGAGCCUGGUCAGCGCUAUUCUGAGUUUGUGUGCAGCCUUCCCAAAGAGCGUGUGUGGUUGGAGUCUUUGUCUCAGGACAUCACCGCUCCCUCAAAAACUGGCUCAACCUCUGAAUCACAUCAGCUGCACUUAAACCCACAUACAAAGAUACUGGCCAGUGCUAUCACAUUUCUUUACUGUGCAUUAAGAUCUCACGCCUGCCAAAUGUCCCUUCAUAAGAGGUCUCUGAGCAGUGCCCACUCUUCCCAUGGGAACCUGUCCCAGGGCUCUGUUACAUCUGUGGAUAACCACAGUGCAGAUGAGGUCGAGGGGACUGUACAACCCUGCAAGGCCAAGAUCGCAGAGAGACGCUCCAAUAGCAGUGUAGACAUACAAGCAGUAAGGCCACAGGGCUCACAGCGGUGCUGGAGUUCAGGCAGUGUUGGUGGAGGAGGGAUGUGCAGUGACUCAGAGAGUGCUGGAGGAAGCAGUGAGUCUCGUUCAAUGGACUCCCCCACAGCCAGUCCAGGGGAUUUCAAACGCAGGCUUCCCAGAACUCCUUCAACUGGUACCAUGUCUUCAGCGGAUGACCUGGAUGAGAGAGAGCCAUCUUCCCCAUUAGAUAAUGGUCUUGCUGAGAUGGUGAUGGAAACAGCCAGUUCUCCCGGGCCAUUCCGAAAUGCUCAGAUGUCAAAAGCAGCACACACCCACAAGUUGCGGAAACUGCGAGCCCCCUCCAAAUGCAGAGAGUGUGACAGUCUGGUAGUGUUCCAUGGGGCUGAGUGUGAGGAGUGUUCCUUGGCCUGUCAUAAGAAAUGCCUGGAGACUCUUGCCAUUCAGUGUGGUCAUAAGAAGCUCCAGGGCAGACUGCACCUGUUUGGGAUUGACUUCGCCCAGGUGGCUAAGAACAGUCCUGACGGUAUCCCCUUUAUCAUCAAAAAAUGCACAUCUGAAAUUGAGAGUCGUGCCCUAUACAUUAAGGGCAUUUACCGGGUGAAUGGGGCAAAGUCUCGUGUGGAAAAGCUGUGCCAGGCUUUCGAGAAUGGAAAAGACUUAGUGGAGCUUUCUGAUCUCCACCCACAUGACAUAAGCAACGUGCUCAAGCUUUACCUGAGACAGUUGCCAGAGCCAUUGAUUCUGUAUCGGUAUUAUAAUGAUGUCAUCGGGCUGGCAAAAGAGACUCAGAACAUGGAUGAGACUGACUCACCUAAAGGUAAAUCAUCAGGAGAGCAGUUGUGCCUCAGCAUUGAGCUCAAGAGAGUCAUCUUCAAAAUCAGAGAUCUGCUUCGCCAGCUUCCUGCGGCCCACUACAAAACCCUGCAGUUCCUUAUUGCCCAUCUGCACAGAGUAACAGAGCAAGCUGAAGAGAACAAGAUGACAUCUAGUAACCUGGGUAUCAUCUUCGGUCCCACACUCAUCAAGCCCAGGCAGUUGGAGGCAGAAGUGUCCCUGUCCUCACUGGUUGACUACCCACACCAGGCCCGCAUGGUGGAAGUGCUCAUCAAGCACAAUCAGAUGAUUUUUGAUGUCCCCCUCAGCUCCGUGUCUCCCACCAGUCCAACGGCACCACAGGCUUUUCCCAACAUCCAGGACAAAGAGCCAAAACUCAGCCGCCACUCCAGAUCACUCAUGGAUAUCAAAGAGAGUGCUAAGGUCUUCAAGAGACACUCAUCUGUAAUUUCGUCUGCACAGUUGAUGGAGGAGUUAAAGACAGGGGAAAACAGAGCACAAACACCUGCAGGUGAGGGAUCAGACAUGAACGGGGUUGGCUCGGCUCCUGUGGAGAUGCAGAAGUCCACAUCUGUGUUCAGCCGGUCCGGUGCCAGCAGCCGAAUGGUGCAGCUGCGUCCCCAGCGCUCCAAACAGGUGUCUCGACCCAUCAGCAUGCCCGUGGAUCGACUGCUUAACGAGCAUAACAGCUUCAACACAGCAGACCACGAACCUGCUACCAUUCAGGAGACCACCGAACCAGAGAAGCCUUCGACACCACGACUCACCAACUACUACAGGAACCCAUUCAUUGACACUCAGACACUGAGGAGGACCUGGGACAAACAGUAUAGGCAUUAUGAUGUGACGCCCAGAACUGCAAUGAUAGUAGCCAACCUUCCGCCCUCUGGUGUGAUGGAUAAAGUUAAAUCAGCUGCGACUGUUCCAGGAACAAGCAGUAUCAAUGAAACACCCCACAGCAGCCCUUAUACCAGCAGCCCUGACAGAGUCAUUAGGAAAGACGGUACUGGCCAGUCCAGCAUGGCUCCAAUAAACUUUAGAGCACCACGAAUGCUGAAACCCCCUCCUGGAACUUUCUAUAAACCUCAGUCAGGAAGCCAAUUCAGGUCAUUUGACUCUAUGACAAAGACUGUUUCAGCGGCACCAACCACUACCACGGGAACUGUUUAUACAACAGCCAUUACCAUAGUUCCAACAGUGGCUACAGCAACCAUUGCAACAGUCUCUAGAACAGUGGAUACACCCCCCACCACGCCAACAAUUUCAAUGACUACAGCUACAAUGGUAGCCAAACCGACUGUUACAAUGACACUGUCAGCAGGCACUGUAUCAGUGCAGACAGGAGGAGUGGAGGAGGGACAGUCAGAGUGUGAUUCACUCAGCCCCAUCACGCUCUCUCCCCCUCAGUCUCCAAGCUCCAGUGCUGAGGAGCUCAGCCCCACAGAGAACAAACCGCUGUACCAGAGACGAAAUCGCCGUAUGCAUGAACUGGAGCACAGAGAGGCCCACUUUGUUUAAACAUAUCCUCUUGGUGUUAAGUUUUUGUCAUGCUUGGUACAAUGUCCCCCUCAAGUAUUACAAUCUGCAAGUGACUAGAUAAUCCAGACUAUGGUCAUUUGGUCAUUUUAAUAGCAUGUUUUAAAGGGACUAGUUCACCCAAAAAGGAAAAUCCUGUCCUCAUUUACUCACCACAUAUAGUUCCAAAUCCAUGAUGGAAUGACUUGAAGGCGAGUAAAUAAUAACAGAAUUUUCAUACUUGGGUUAAGUCUAAUAGACCUAUCAAUGCCUUAUUUCAUAUGUACAGUGGCAAGAAAAAGUAUGUGAACCCUUUGGAAUUAGCUGGUUUUCUGCAUUAAUUGGUCAUAAAAUGUGAUCUCAUCUUCAUCAAAGUCACAAGUAUAGACAAACGCAAUGUGCUUAAUCUAAAAACACACAAACAAUUAUAAUCUUUAAUGUCUUUAUUGAACACAUCCCAUUAAACAUUCACAGUAAGUGAACCCUAGGAUGUAAUAACUGAUCGAUCCUCCUUUGACAGCAGUAACCUCAAACAAGAGUUUUCAGUAGCAGCGGAUUAGACCUGCACAACAUUCAGAAGGAAUUUUGGAUCAUUUUUCCUUACAGAACUGUUUCAGCUCAGACACAUUCUUAGGAUAUCUGGUGUGAACGGCUCUCUUGAGGUCAUUCCACAGCAUCUCUGUUUGUUUAAGGUCUGGACUCCAAAAGGUGGAUUUCUUUUUUUCAAGCCAUUCUGUAGCGGAUUUACAUUGAUGUUUAGGGUCAUUGUCCUGCUGUAUCACCCAACUUCUACUGAGCUUCAGCUGGUGCACAGCCACCCUGACAUUAUCCUGUAGGAUAUCUUGAUAAACUUGGGAAUUCAUUUUUCCCUCAAUGAAGGCAAUCAUUACAGGCCCCGAAGCAGCAAAGCAUCCCCAUAUCAUGAUACUCCAUCCACUGUACUUCACCAUUGGAAUUAUGUUUUCAUGUUGGUAUGCGGUGCCCUGUUUACACCAUAUGUAGUGCUGCGUGAUCUUCCCAAACAAUUCAACCUUAGUUUAAUCAGUCCACAAAACAUUUUCCCAGUAGUGUUGUGGAGCGUCAAGGUGGUCUUUGGCAAACUUCUGGCAUGCAGCAAUGUUUUCAUUGGAAAGCAGCAGCUUGCUUCGUGGAGUCUUGCUGUGGACACCAUGCUUGUUUAAUGUUUUCCGUAAAGUAGUCUCAUGAACAGAGAUGUUAACCAGUUCCAAUGAUUCCUUCAAGUUAUUAGCUUUUUUACCUCAUUAAGCACUCUGCAGUGUGCCCUUUGAGCCAUCUUGGCUGGACGGCCACUUUUAGGGAGAGUAGCCACAGUACUAAAUCGUCUCCAUUUAUAGAUCAUUUGUCUGACUGUGGACAGAUGAAUAUGUAAGCUCUUUGAGAUACAUUUGUAACCCUUUCCAGCUUUAUGCAAAGCAACAAUUCUUGAUCGUAGGCCUUCUGAGAUCUCUUUUUUGCGAGGCAUGGUCCACGUCAGCAGAUGCUUCUCGUGAAUAGCAAACUCAAAAUGUUUGAGUGCUUUUUAUAAGUAAAAGUAGCUCUAACCCACAACUCCAAUCUCAUUUCAUUAAUUGGAUGCCAGGUUUGCCAACUCCUGACUCUAAUUAGUUUUUGUUGACAUCAUUAGCCUAGGGGUCCACAUACUUUUUCCAUUCUACACUUUGAAUGUUUGAAUGAUGUAUUCAGUAUCUACAAGAACAGUACAAUAGUUUGUGUGUUAUUAGUUUAAACAGAUUGUGUUUGUUCAUUAUUGUAACUUAGAUGAAUAUCAAACCAGAUUUUAAGACAAAUUUACACAUAAAUGCAGGUAAUUCCAAAGGGAUCACAUACUUUUUUCUUGCUACUGUAUGUAUUGUAUGUAACGUGUCUUUGUUGUGCCAUACUGUAGAUUUGAAAUGUUUUUAUUAUCCCUUUAAGAAAGGGCAAAACAAUUUUGAGAGAUGAGACGACAUUUGAAACGUCUCAAUGGAGAUUCUCUGGAUAAAGAGCUAUUGUCUGUUAAUAUACUGUUAAGCUUCUAUUUGAGCCAGAAAAUGCAGCAAAGGUCCAAAAUAUUUGUGACAUUCACUUAUUAAUAAGUGAGCACACUUUUAGUUAACUCAAAUGGGGGGGGGGGGGGGUAUUAUGUCUGUACUUUUAUGCCAAAUGUCAACCUGUGUUCCCCUUUAUUGUGAUAAGAUGACUAUCCAGAGGUUUCAAGAGACACUGCUUAUAUAAGUAAUCGGUUAUAAUAAUGUGUUAUUAAAAAGAUGUUACAUGUUAAAUAUCCUUUUAUAAAUUCAAAUGGGAUUUGUAUAGUAUUGUCUUUAAUUUCAUGCAGUCAUGCUCAUUGUGAUGCACUUGCUAUGCCUAAUUGAUAUAUGUGACCUGAAUUUUUAACGUACUCUACUUUUAAUCCAUGCCAUCUCAUGCUGAUAUAAUACAUUAACUGCCAGCUAUUUUAUUUGUUUUAUAGUUCGCCUCUUGAAAACACGGUGCUGCUCAUGCAUGUUUUUAGGCUGAGUAAGUGCAUCUGAUUCUUUUUUAUUUUUAAGUCAUAUGCAUUUGUUUACAUUUUGUACACAUAACCCACUGCCAUAAACAUCUGACUAUACAAACAAUUCUUGAAGACUUGUUUGCAAAUUAAAUACUUAAAAAAACUAAUGUUA